CUCACCACCACCUCCACCACCACCACCACCACCACCAACAUCACCCGCCGCCGCGAUGUUUUCGGAGGCGGCGCUGCCGGCGGAGGCGCUAUGCGAGGAGCCUGACUUCACGACCUUCGAGAACAGGAGCGGCCUCACGGAGGACAUGAAGUUCCUGGCCUCAAUGCCUGAGCUCUGCGACGUCACCUUCCUGGUGGGGGACACCCGCGAGCCUGUGUGUGCUGUCAAGGCCGUGCUGGCUGCCAGGAGCAGGGUGUUCCACAAGCUGCUCUACGCCGCCUACUCCCCCCAGAAAAAGAAGGAGGCCACGACGAGGGAGAACAAGAUCAAGAUGUUCCUGAAGAGGUCGUCGGAGCCGCUGCUCAACCUGCAGGGCUCUGGUCAGCCCAGCCGACCAGGGCGCUCGGCAUACUCGAACAAGUUGGACACCAUCCCCGAGCCGCAGGGCAACGUGCACCAGACGCUCAUUAUCGAGGAGUUUGAACCUGACGUCUUCAGGCAGCUCAUAGAAUACAUCCACACAGGCUGUGUGACUCUGCAGCCCAGGACUCUGCUAGGUCUCAUGAACGCAGCGGACUACUACGGCCUGGACGAACUGCGGCGCGCUUGCUCAGGCUUCGUGCAGUGCUGCAUCAACGUGGACACCGUGUGUGCCUUGCUGGCCUCCGCUGAGCGAUACAUCCAGUACAAGUGUACCAAGUCCAUGGUGCAGAAGGUGCUGGAGUUUGUAGACGAGCACGGCAACGAGGUCUUGAACUUGGGGUCAUUUACGCUGCUGCCCCAGCACGUGGUGCGCCUCAUCAUGGCGAGGGAGGAGCUCAAAGCGGACGAGUUCACCAAGUUCCAGGCGGGGCUGAUGUGGUCCAAGAAGCACUGCGACAACCACUCCAACAUUGACCUUAAGGAGACUAUCGGCAAUUUCCUCGAGUAUAUUCAUUUCUACAAAAUUCCUGCCAAUAUCCUUAUGAAGGAGGUGCAUCCUCUAGGACUCGUGCCCUACCACAUUAUCAUGAACGCCCUCGCCUACCAGGCUGACCCCGGCAGCGUGGACCCCAACAAGUUGUCCCCCAACAGGCCCCGAGGGGGUCACCAGGGGCGCUCCAUGUCCGUGCAGUCCUCCUCCCUAGACCCCCUGGGCUCCAACGGCACCCUGUCCUCAUCAGCGUCCUCUGAGAUGGACUCAGGCAGACACUCCUCCGAGGGCGCCAUCGAUGGACGGGCCUCCCCCAAGGAGAAAGACUCCUAGGGUGUGGAGGGUCCUCCCCAAGGAGAAAGACUCCUAGGGUGUGGACGGGCCUCCCCAAGGGGAAAGACUCCUAGGGUGUGGACGGGCCUCCCCAAGGAGAAAGACUCCUAGAGUGCGGACGGGCCUCCCCAAGGAGAAAGACUCCUAGGGUGUGGACGGGCCUCCCCAAGGAAAAAAGACUCCUAGGGUGUGGACGGGCCUCCCAAAGGAGAAAUACUCCUAGGGUGUGGACGGGCCUCCCCAAGGAGAAAGACUCCUAGGGUGUGGACGGGCCUGCCCGAAUUAGAAAUACUAAUGGCAGAAGAUUUAUUAGAGGGUGGACGUGCCAACUCGUCCAACCAGGGGCCGGAUUAUCAAAACUUCGUAACUUUUUGUACUUACG